CAGCAACAAAAAGAAGGCAAAUUGUCUCCAAUACACGGUUCUGAAGCACCUCUACAUUCAAUUAAUAAUUUAAAUUUUGAAAUGACUCAACAACAAAAUUUGCCUUUUGACCCUCAAAUUCUUGCGAGGCUAGAAACUGCUGCUGCAAUAAACCAACUAUCGCAAUUGCAACAACUCGAAAAUAGUGCAAUGCUUCAACAAUUACAGCAGAGAAACACACAAACAAAUGAACAACAGGUUUUGCAACAACAAACAUUAAAUGAAAUGUUUGCCUUGUUUGCUGCUUCAGAAUUGUUUCAACAACAAAAUCAGAAUUUUAACUCAACAAAUAUAAAUCAGAAUUUUCAACAACAACAAGCUUUUGCAACUUGGCUGUGUAACUUGGAAUGGAUGGCAGCAGUGCAGAGAGCACAACAACAACAAACAUCAUUAAAACAAUCAGAACAAGAAAUAAACAAACAACAUAAACAAUGUUUGGAUGAACAUGUUUUGAAUGGAAAUAAAAAUAAUUUAACAACAAAAACAUCCAAAACAAACAUUUCCAAACAACAAAACCAACAAACCCUUUCCCAACAAAACAUUCCCCAACAAAACAUUUCUCAACAAAACAUCUCUCAACAAAACAUCAAUUCUUUCCCUCCACAAACAUUUCAACAACAACAAACAACAUCAGAAACAUUUGCUACAGCAUUACAACAAGUUUUGUUUUCCCAAACACAAUCAGAACAACAAAUGAACAAGCAAUGUUUUUCUGAUUUAAAUAAACACGCGCCAACAACUAAAACUGUACAAAAACGCAAAAGUGGCCUCACUUCAGCUACACUUUUAGCUACACCAACACCCUCAACAUCAGAACCUCCCUCUACCCCUCUUCAAGUCUUAGCUGAAACAGCAUCUUCACUAAAUAAUAAAAUGUUUCCAACUGUUUCUACAAAUGACAGACAACCUUCUCUACCCAAAAUUCCCCGCCAAGAAAAUUUUUCGUUAAAACAGCAGCAGUUAAUUAAUGAACAUCAUUUGGCCGAAUCUUUAGCUGAAUCUUUGGUGCUGUAUGGAAUGCACAGAAUUGCUAUGGAUUUACAACUCUCAUAUUCUGUACAGGCUAAUAAACAGGGAAAAGCUGAAUAUGCUUUUUACAAAAAUUCGGGAGGGAUCUCAACGUAA